AUGGGUCUGGCCCCACCACCUGGAACCCGACCUAUCGACUUGAGUCUCCACCGCCUCUGCUUCACAACCUCGCAGCCCGUCUCUACCCGGGCCCAGUACUCAGCCACCAGCGGGACUGCGCUGCCCUAUCUUGCCAGCUCCACAGGGCACCCCGGAAUUCAUGGGUAUGUGCGGAAAGAUUUGAGUGGUUCCUCCUUGCAACCAUGUGGACGGACAUACAGCAAAAACCCACCACCACCCAUCUUGUCCACGUUCCUCUACCCGGUGCUCGGGUCUCCUGGUGGCGCGCUCUGGCGAGUCCGACAAGACUGGACUAAGCUGAGCCGCGCGCCUUCGCCUUGUCCUCCGCCCGCAGAGGUCCUGGUCCUGUACGGAUACCGUGCGCAGAAGGAGGACGAGUUGAGCCUGGUGCCCGGGGACGUGGUCCGGCAGGUGCGCCAGGGGCCUGUACGGGGCUGGCUACGAGGAGAACUGGGGGGCCGCUGCGGCCUCUUUCCCGAACGCCGGGUGCAGGAGAUUCCGGAGAAUCUACGGGGCACCGCAGAGGGGCAAAGGCCGCGCUGCGCGCGCCGUCGAGGCCACGCGGCUAAAUUUCCGGGUCCCCAAAGAUGGUGGUGCAAAGUGAACUUCAGCUACAGCCCGGAGCAGGCGGACGAGCUGAAGCUCGAAGCUGGGGAGAUGGUGGAAGUGUUAAAGGAGAUUGAGGACGGCUGGUGGCUGGGGCAGAAGAAUGGGCAGCUGGGAGCCUUCCCAUCCAACUUUGUGGAGUUGCUGGACAGUGGGCCCCCAAGCGUUGAUAUCCCAGACAUGCCUUCAGUCAGCUCUUGUCCCCAGCGGCCUCCCAAGCUGAGCUGCCUAACCUAUGAUAGCCCUCCAGAUUACCUUCGGACAGUUUCCCACCCUGAGACCUACAGGGUCCUGUUUGACUACCAGCCUGAGGCCCCAGACGAAUUGGAGCUGCGGAGGGGGGACGUGGUGAAAGUACUGAGGAAGACCACAGAAGAUAAGGGCUGGUGGGAAGGAGAGUCUCAAGGCAGGAGGGGAGUUUUCCCAGACAACUUCGUGCUCCCACCACCCCCAAUCAAGAAGCUGGUCCCACGGAAAGUGGUAUCUCGGGAAUCAGCUCCUGUUAAAGAACCAAAAAAGAUGAUGCCAAAAACAGCCCUCCCUGCUGUCAAGAAGCUGGUGACAGUCCCCACUGGUCCAAGCAAAGCCAAGCCAUCCUGGACAUCCAGCAGGGAAAAUCAGAAGCGCCCUUCCCGUGACUCAGGCUCCAGUAGCAGAGUCCUUGAUGGGGUUCCCGGCCACCCUGGUAAAAAGCAAUCCAGAUCCAAAACUCAGGUUCCCCAGCAGCGUUCUGCACCCAGUCAGGAGGAAGAGCAGAGCAGCCGGGCAAAGGCCCCUUCUAUGAAUAAAAGCCCCGCUCUGGACCAGAUUCCCAAACCAGAGAAGACCCUACCAGAUAAGGCCGCCACCCCAAAGAAGACCCCAACUCUGAACAAGGGCCCCACUCCAGAAAAGACCCUGACUCCAAAUAAGGCCCCUCCCCCAGAGAAGACCCCAACUUUGAGCAAGGCCUCCACUCCAGAAAAGAGCCUGACUCUAGAUAGGGUCCCCAGCCUAGAGAAGGCACCAACCCUAGACAAGACUCCCACCCCAGAGAACACCCCAACUCUGGAUAAGACCCCUACUGCAGAAAAGACCCCAACUCCUGACAGAGUUUCUACCCCAGAGAUGGUCUUUUUUAUGGAUAAGGACGGUGCCCCAGAAGUCCCAGCUGAGGAUGAAGCCCCUGACCCAAAGACGGCCCCUUCUGGGGAUGAAGCCCCCAUUCCAGACAAGAUCUUGACCCAGGGGCAGGUGUUCUCUGAAGCAGCACCCUGCACCAGACCCAACACCGAAUUCCACCCCUUGUCCCUGGAGGAAGGCCUGCAGAAGGCAGUCAAGGAGGCUCGGUCCCAAGAAGAGGGCCCGGUGCCACUGGAGCCCCUGCCACAGCCUUCCUGCCCGGGCCCAGUGAAGGCCCGCCUCUGUGAGAAAGACGGCACUCCACCGAGGCCUGGGCUGGAGCUGGGCUCCAAGCCCACCCCCGACAAGGCCCACCCGCCCAAAGAGGCCACAGUACUGCUACAGGAGACACUUGGGGAAGAUGAGGCCACCCGGAAGGAGACAGUCCCUAAAGAGGAGGUACCCUACAAAGAAUUAACACCCCCCAAAAAGGAAGCGUCUCCCCAAGAGGAGGUGCCCCCCAAGGUAGCCUCUGCCCGUGAGAAACCACAUCCCACAACCCCAGGCCCCCAAGAAACUCAUUCCCUCCAUUCCCUGGUACAACAAAAUCCCACACAAAGUCAGGAUGACAGAGUCGACCUGGUGAAGCUAAAGGAGGAGGUGGAGUCUCUGAGGAGGUCGCUAGAACUGAUGGGAGUACAGUUGGAAAGGAAGCUGACCGGCAUCUGGGAGGAAUUGAAGAAGGAGAAGGAGCAGCGCCAGUUGCUGGAGGUUCAGAUGAUUCAGAGGACCCAGGAGUCCCCGACCCGGGAGUCCGUCCACUCGCAGACUCAGACGUACUGA